AAAGAUGGGCGCUAAAAUGUUUCUCAUUUGUCUUUCAACCCCACAUUCGUUUGAUUCAAGAAAUGCACCAAGCAUUGCUUAUAGAUGAAAUCUUAGAGGUCAUUUUCGGUUUUUGUACUGAGAGCUGCACUCUUACUCGAGCUGGGCGAACCUGCCAAGCGUGGAAGGAUCCUGCACUAGAUCGAGUUUGGUGGCGUCUUGCGUCCUUCAAACCUCUGCUAGAUCUCAUACCUGGCUUGUUGUGCGUCAAUGGAGUCUAUGUCCUCGAAUUAUCUUUACAUCCCGAUUUCCGACGUCUACAUUAUUACGCCUCCCGUGUCAAGCAAAUUAUACAUCGACAGAGGAUACAAAUACAUCCUACACUUCUGACAUUGAUUCUCCAGGAUGAGAAGCUUGCGAGCUGCUUCAGAAGGCUCGCCAUAGCUCGGCUUUCCUUGACCAAUUGCCAUGCUAUUUGUUCUAUCAUUUCGUCGGCGAAGGGAUUGCAGACAGUGGAAUUAGAUCUCGGAUUCUCUACGGUCGCAUUCAAAACUGUGAACGGAGCUGCAUCCGAUUUCAUUUCGACUGUAGACCGUGUAUCGAGUUGUUUCACUUCUCUUAGUCUACGUGGUAUUGCGUCAGGCCAAGUGAUGAAUUCAGUUGGGCAUCUAUCGCGUCUUGAAGCCCUUCACCUUCGUGUUGGUACCUCAUUGCCUGCUGAAACUCUAGCCGCAAUAUCGACAUUUCCUUGUCUUAGGGAACUUGAAAUUCACACGUCCCAUAUCCGGCCUGAAGACUUCCGCUUCUCGUCUUCAGUGUGUUUUCCAUUACUGGAAUCCCUUGAUAUUCGUGGGCGUACCAACUCUAUUGAAAAACUUCUACAAAGCAUGCAGAGCGACAGCCUUGCGGUCCUACGUAUCGAUAUAGAAUUCUUGGUUUCAACUGACGAUACCUGGGACGGGCUUUUUACUGCUAUCAAGGAAAAAACACACGCCAGUCUUCUUCAGCUGACGAUAGAGCACCAUAUGGAUACCCAGGAUCUACCUUUAGAAGAUGAUACCCCCAGUAGCUCAGAUACCACCCAUACCUCGAACUCAUAUAUUAAUAACCUUCUUCGCACCAAUCCUAAUGCUCUUCUUAACUUCGAACACUUAUAUUCACUUUCUAAUCACCGGGAACUUCGUCAAAUCGUUCUCGAGACCACCCCUCCAAUUCUCGUUCGAGAUCACGAUCUGGAACAUAUUGUUCGAUGGUGGCCUAAGCUCAAACAUCUUGACUUAGGAUCUGUUCCAACAUUUGACCCCCGAUGGACGCCCAAGCCGACUCCGGCUGGACUAGCAGUUCUCUCUCUCGGGCUUUCUGCUCUUGAAACUCUCGUGAUACCUGUCAAUAUUGCUGGACUGACCUCAGAUGUCGCGACGAAAUUCGCCAAAAAUUCGGACAGCUCUUUGCGAUGUAUAACUCUGACGGCGUUGACGCCACCGGAGCAAUCUUUGGCUCACUGUCUAAACCGUCUAUUUCCUUCGGUUAUAGAGAUUCAUGGCACCUUAGGACAUGAGGAACAUUGGGACUCCGUUCAAAACCAUUAUAGACUGUUACAAGCAUUCUGACUGUUUCAGUUAGAGAUGGUGACCUUUAGACGCCUCGGAAAACCUUAGAUGACCAUUCAUCGGAUUCGUUGGCAAGGACUACCGGUACCAUAGAAAUGUAUCUUAGAUGCCUGUCCGCUUAUAAUGCAAUUUUCCUACCUAUAGAUUGAUGGGCGUUUCUCGUUUCUGCGCAGUGAGAUAAUGCCACAUAUUGUAGAAGUGACCAGAAUCUAUCUCUGCCUCGUAAUGUCGGCCCCAAACUUCAAUCAUUUCAUGGGAGAAUCCGGCCUGCAGUGCAAUUUCCUUAGCACCAACGAAAA